AUGAUCACUCAUUUCUUUAUUCUUUCAUCGAGAGGAGAUAAAAUUAUUGCGAGAAAUUAUCGUUACGACAUUUUUGACGAGGUCGAAGAUUUAUUCUUUCGCAAUGUGAGGAACGAAAGCACAUCCAAUUUUGGAAAACCAAUUUUCAACCAACAAGGAAUUAAUUUUUUCCAUGUCCGUAAAUCUGGUCUCUAUAUUGUGUGUACGAGUAGAGAGAAUGUUUCACCAAUUACUAUUUUUGAAUUAUUGGAACGAGCAUGCAUUUUAAUUCGAGAUUUCACAGGUCAAUUGAGUGAAGAUUCAAUCAGAAAGAAUUUUGUUUUGGUUUAUGAAUUGUUGGAUGAAUUAUUUGAUUGGGGAAAGGUUCAAACCACUCAAACAAAUAUUUUGACUUAUUGUGUGUAUAAUGAACCUAUAGAGACAGUGGACGUACCAACUACGAAUGGUUUGUUGAAUAUUGCAUUUACGGAUCCAAAGACUGUGAAAUCUACUGCAACCUGUCUUCCAAUCACGAAAAAGAAUGAUCAAAUUUUUGUUGACGUUUUAGAACGUGUGAAUUGUGAAAUGAAUAGUAAUGGUGAAUUACUUCGUUCUGAAAUUAUUGGAUCUCUGGUUGUGAAAAGUUACUUGAUGGGAACUCCUCUCAUUAGAAUUGCUCUCAAUCAAGAUUUAGCCAUUGGUGUUGAGAAUAGCACUUAUUCUGCCAUUCGAGUCGAUGCCAUCAAUUUCAAUGAAAUUAUUAAUCGAGACGAAUUUGAACAUGGACGCCAAUUGUCAUUCUAUCCACAAGAUGGUGAAUUGACACUCCUCUCUUACCGUGUUACCAAUAAUUUUAAUGUUGUCAUGCCAUUCCGUAUCACACCUAGUGUCACCAAAACUGGAGAUUACAAAAUUGAAGCAGCAAUUCGAGUUCGAUCCGAUUUUCCAAAUUCAACAUCUGCCACUGGUGUUUUCAUUCGUAUUCCAGUUCCAAAGAAUACUGUCAGUUGCGGUAUUAGCGUUGGUAAUGACAAGGACUCUCAACAAACCUAUGAAUAUAAGGAGAAAGACAAGGUAGUCGUUUGGGGACUCAAGAAAUUCCAAGGCGCCACUGAACAAUUAAUCAGAUUGAAGAUUAAUAUAUCUGAACCAUGUAAAAUUGAUGAAAGGAAACUGAUUGGACCUGUCACUAUGAAAUUUGAAAUUCCCAUGCACAACAUGAGUGGUCUUCAAUUGAGAUAUUUGAAAAUUGGAUCUGAUUCUUUGAAUGAUGACAAGAAACCAAAACAAAAGAGAUGGGUUCGUUAUGUGACUCAAGCUGGAUCUUACAGUGGAAGAGUGGCCAUGUAA